GGCGGAGCGAGGGCGGUGCUCCUGAGGCCCGCCGCGCCGUGCUGCGCUCGCGGUAAAAGGCGGAGCGCGGCCCGCUGCUCCCCGCCAUGUCCAGGCACGUUUUCCUGACAGGACCCCCAGGGAUUGGAAAGACUACUUUGAUCCAGAAAGUCACUCAAGCACUAAAAUCUUCAGACGUUCCCAUUGAUGGAUUUUACACAGAGGAAGUUAAAGAAGGUGGCAGAAGAAGAGGAUUUGAUGUUGUCACUUUAUCUGGAAAACGAGGUCCUUUAUCUAGAGUUAGUUCUGAUUCUUCUACUUCAAGACGUGAAUGCCGUGUUGGACAAUACGUUGUAGACGUUGUUUCAUUUGAGCAGUUGGUUCUGCCUGUGCUGAGAAACGUAAACCAGGGCAGCGAUGCAGCGAAAAAGAUUUGCGUCAUAGAUGAGAUUGGUAAAAUGGAACUCUUCAGCCAGGCUUUUAUUCAAGCUGUUCGUCAAAUGCUGGCUGGCUCUGGGACCGUGGUACUUGGAACUAUUCCAAUACCUAAGGGAAAGCCACUGGAUCUCGUUGAAGAAAUAAGAAGUAGGAAAGAUGUUGAAGUGUUCACCGUAAGUAAGGAGAACAGGAACAACAUUUUGCAGGACAUCUUGGCAGCUGUGGAGUCAUGCAGACAAUGAAGACCUUUUCUUGCUUGUAAACACCAAAGCUUUUAUUUAUAUAAAACAUUACACUUGUGGAUGUUCUAGUCUGUCCUUCCUAUGUAAGCCCGUGAAGGGUUACUAGAGCUUCCUGGGUAAGCAAGGUAAAGCUGGUAUUACUCUACAGUAUGAAAAUUAAGAUAGAAGGAUUCUUGUUUAUCCUGUUCACAAGCUGAUCCAUUUAAAAAUUCAACAGAUACGUAGUUAAUGUGAAAUUCCAACCUGGAUAUUUGAGAAAGGUAGAUGGUCUGACUCUGAUCCUGUUACACCAUGUGAAAGCAAUUAGCUGCCCAAUGGCUUUGAGAUCUUUGUCUUUCAGAGUGUUGAGGACAUUUCUGUCUGGAGGACAAUUCACGGUCUGUAAUUCCCACACAGUAAUGUGCAUUGAGGAACCAGAACUUGGCCCUGGUGUAACAGAACAUAACCUUUUUAGCUUCAUGAGACUGCGUCAAGUCUUGACAUAUGUUUUCCAUGCAGAGUUUAUUGGGUCAGGAUCGACUUAAUACUGCAUGUGUCAAUAUGGGGAUUUUCAAGCCAUUGUAUUUACUGAUACUUUUUUUUUUUGCUUAUUUAGCUUUUUUCCUUACUCAAUUCUGUACACGCUUAAUGGUUAGUGGUGAUAUAAGGAGUGAGUGAGAGUAUUAGACAAUGUAUUUUUUUUCCUCUGAGGUUUGCAGAUGUAUUCAGGGAAAGUGCUACCACUUAAUCAAUUUUGCAUGUUGUUAAAACAGAAUUCCCUCCCAGGUGCACACUUGUUCACUGUAUGAUUUAUAGUCAUCUUUGGCUGCAAGUUAAGGCUUCAGUUGCUUCUUAACUUUUCUGUUCAGUUCAACAACUGUUAAAGUGAGCCAACUAAAGGCAUUUUCAAGCAUCA